UUGCUUUUGAAACAUAUCCUGUUUCGAUAAACUCUGAAUCUCUGUUAGAAUUGCAAACUUUCUUCUUUGUAACAAGUAUUUUCUAUGGAACUACACGUCAGUUAAAUAUUCACAAUGUUUAACUUCAAAAUUUACACCUAUUUGCUUUUCUUAGUAUUGUUUUACGUCGAAUGUCGAUCUGCUCCUGAACCACUAUGUUCAAAGUUUUCAUACGAUGAACAAUUGCUCGAAAAGAUGGUACGCGUCGAAUUUAAUGUGAAUAAUAUGGAGAAAAAUAUGCUAGAGACUGAGCAAAAUAUGCGGGAGACAGAGCAAAAUAUGAAAGAAACAGAGAAGAACAUGCUGGAGACACAGAGAGGUAUGCUGGAGACGCAGAAGAAUAUGCUGAAGUCUCUGAAUGAGAUUGAAGAUAAGAUAAAAGUGUUGGAACAGAAAGAGGCACCGGCAGGUAAGGAUGUCGUAGCCUUCCAUGCAUACAAAGCUGCGGAUAAGACAUUGGCUAAUAACCAAGUUAUUGUGUUCACCAAGGUUAUUAUGAAUGAAGGCGACGGUUACUCUAGUAGCAACGGGUAUUUCACUGCACCCAUAAGUGGCAUCUUCUAUUUCAAUGCCCAUCUAUGUGUCCAAAAUGGGAAGAGUCUUGAGUACAUUAUCGUCGUAAAUGGUCAGACACGAGCAAGUGGAUUGUACAAGGCAAACGCUUCGGGCACUUGUACGUCAUUCAGUGUGACAGCGCACAUGCGUUCUGGAGAAAGAGCGUGGGUUACAAUCGACAAAAGUGGGUCAAGCUCUUCAAGUUUGCUAUAUGAGGAUUCUGAUGACUGGAACUAUUUCUCUGGUUUCCUGAUCCGCCAAUUGGAUUAAAUACAUAAAUCAUGAAGAAAAACAGACUUGUACCCUCAACAAGUGUAAUCAAGCCAAUGUACAGAUGGGUCUGCCUUAUAACAAACUUAAUUUGCAUAUAGUGAUAUGACAUACAACGCAUAACGUCAUGUUAUUAGGACAAUUUUGACCUGGUGUUGCUUUGUGCAUCAACAGGAGAAUGAUAAUAAAACACUUCUUAUAUGCAAUCUUAUUUAACACAUGAACUAAUACUUUGACCCUUCAACGCAAAAACUUUCGAGUGAAUAUAUGUUAAAAUGAUUAAUUAAGUAAUUGUUAUUAUCUCUCUUUUCAUCAAAAAUUGUGCAUUUUCACCAGUAAACAUUAUGAAAACAACUUAUUUCUUUUUAUUCUACGUUCAUUCGAAAUAAAGGGCAAAAAGUUGAGAUAUAAUAAAUUUUCCUUUAUUAGGUCAGUGACGAAAUAAAAUUUUGCCGGACUUA